UCUUACACCCCGGCCGCCGCCAAUCAACCUCCAUCAACACUUUUUUAGACUUUUGGACUGUCUUGGCACUAAAUAAAUACCUCACCUCAUACGAAUGCCCUGGGAUUCCUGGGUUGUGAAUUUUUCAUCUUCAACAAAAUCCCAUCGCACUCGCUAUGCUUCUAGAUUCCCGCUCUUCUCCGUUCGUUUUACUGGUCUUGGGUGCAGCUUUCGUAUCUCUCCUUUGGCAUCGGUUUGCAACUUUCUCAGAAAAUCAAGAAGUCGAGUCUUCACUGUCAUCAUCCACUUCUGUGAGAACGGGAGAUUCCACGAAAGACGAUUCUUUAAAUUCACUAGUUAAAAUAGUCCAUUAUGCCGCGAAGGACGCCCGGGAUGACCCAUCACCUUCCUCGCAAACGCUAUCGGCCACCAAUACUUCAUCCACAACGACAGACGUGAAAUAUCUAAAAACACACCCGAGUUCCGGCUCCCUACUUCAAAAUCAGGCAAUGCCCAGGGCCGCUCGGCGUAAGAGGCAAGAUGCUUCGACCGCAAGCUGGUCGCUCUUGCAGCAGGGAAAAACAGGUGUUUCGGCACAGCAGAUUUCGGUUGUUGGCGAGAAAUAUGUGCUGAUUAUCGAUAAGGUUGAGCACAAUCCACUGCAGAUCAAUGGCCGCCCGGCCUGGGCGGCGUUGUACAACUUGGAGACUGACGAAGUCACUCCGCUCAGCUUGAAGUCUAACUCCUUUUGUGCUGGCGGGAGCUAUCUCGCCAACGGCACAUUGCUUAACUUAGGGGGCAACGCGCCUGAAUUCGAAAAAGGGGAGUUUGGAGAUACAAAUGGUCUUCAGUCCAUUCGUUUCUAUACACCCUGCGAUGAUGGCAAAUGUGCUAUCAACGAAUACGACAGCAUCAAAUUGACCACUGCACGUUGGUAUCCUACUUCAGCCCGUCUUCCAGAUGGCAGCGUGAUGAUCGUUGGGGGGAGUACAGAGGGUGCCUUCAGGAAUAGUGCCAAAAUUAAUAAUCCGACGAUCGAAUAUUAUCCUCCCAAAAAGUUUGCAUUCAGUGCAAAACCUCCGAUUUACUCGCCUUUCUUGAACCGAACUUUGAUAACCAACUUGUUCCCAAUCGUCAUUGUUCUGCCUAUACCCGACGUGAUUUUCAUCGGAGCUAACAAUGAUGCGAUACUCUAUAAUUGGAAAACCAACACGGAAACUCCACUUCCGCCGUUUCCCAACGGAGUGCGGGUUACUUAUCCGUUCACGGGCUCAGGCAUUCUACUGCCCCUGUCUGCUCAGAAUGCCUACACGCCCGAGGUUUUGGUUUGCGGUGGAACAAAUUUGGAUGAUCGAUUACCUGUCGCCUCUCUCAGGGUUUCUGAUCCAGCGAGCUCUCAAUGCGCCAGGAUGGUGCUUACCACUUCUGGUAUAAAACAGGGUUGGAAAACAGAGCAGAUGCCUAGUCCAAGAAUCAUGCCCGACUUGAUCAUGAUGCCAGACGGGAAGGUUUUGAUUGUGAACGGAGCCAAGACUGGUGUGGCAGGUUACGGAAAUCUAGUCGAUAAAGUCGGGAAUUCCAAUGCCGACAAUCCAAACUAUACACCUGUGCUAUACGAUCCUAUUGCGCCAGCCGGACAGCGAUUCACCACCAUGGGCAUGCCGACUUCAACGAUUCCUCGACUUUAUCAUUCAGUGUCUACUUUGGUUCCUAGCGGAAAAAUAAUGAUCGCAGGAAGCAAUCCAAACAAAGAUUUUUCGACCAACAAAUAUGCAACAGAAUACAGAGUCGAAUGGUUGAUUCCCCCGUAUCUAAACGAUCGUUCUCGACCUGUGAUUUCUGAUUUUCCUCGCAUGGCAAACUAUAAGGACAAAGUUAAAGUGAAACUCAGCGGAACUGGCAAUGAUCUCUCAAAGCAGCGUGUGGAAGCUGUCUUACUGGAUCUUGGAUUCGUAACACAUUCGGUUCAUAUGGACUCUCGUCUAGUCAAGUUGGAAAUUGUGGUUGAUCCGCAAGCUAACGCGCUACAGGCAGUCGUCCCCCCCUCCCCGGAAAUCUACCCGCCCGGAUACGCAUGGCUUCAUGUCUUGAUAAACGGAAUUCCGAGCACCGGAAAAAGGAUUAUGAUAGGCUCAGGAAAGCUAAAAAUUUGACGCAGCGUUGUGAUGGAUAGACAUUGAUAACCCUGUUAUAAGGUGAAGUACAAAGUAACAAGAAGAGCUGGUUGGUUGCAUGGUUUACCUAAUCCUGUACGUUGCUCAGUCUUUGAUUCACCUUGAAUCUAAUUGAAUAUUUGUUCAAUUUAUAAGACACAAAGCUGGCCGAGACUUCAAGAAGAUCUUGAAAAAGAUGGUGACACGUUGUCCAGAUUUUCCCCAUGGUCAUUGGACUUGGUUGAAAGCACAAUGGAUUCCAGGUUUGGCUACAGUGAAGCAAUUUUGCAGAGAACCAGUGAAUGCUGCAAAUACACAAAUUGACCAUAGAGUAAAAGUUAAAACCCUGUGCCAUGAAAAAAAU